UUCAUAUUCCUUUGCGCCAAUAUAUUAUAUUGAAUACAGAAUUUCAUUUAUACAUCUCCUCUCUAGAAAUCAAUCAGAAGAUCAAACAACACAGAGAGAUGGUUAACUUUUUCUCCAUUUACAAGCCCUUGUUGCAUGGGGCACUGAAGCUAGUUGGGAUGACGACUCAAGCGGUGGAGAUUGAACCAGGGACGGUCUUGAAUUUCUGGCUUCCAACUGAAACGACUAAGAAGAUGAAGAACAAAACAAGCAAGCCUGCUGUGGUGUUUCUCCACGGAUUUGCAAUGGAUGGUAUUCUAAACUGGCAAUUCCAGGUGCUGGCCUUGGCCAACAAGUACGCAGUCUACGUUCCGGAUUUUCUCUUCUUCGGAGGCUCCAUUACCGACCGUCCCGAGAGGACAGUGGAGUUUCAAAGUGAGUGUAUGGCUAAAGGGCUGAGGAAGCUUGGCGUGGAGAAGUGCACCGUGGUUGGACUAAGCUAUGGCGGGAUGGUUGGUUUCAAAAUGGCUGAAAUGUAUCCUGAGUUGGUUGAGUCCAUGGUGGUGAGUUGCUCAGUUAUGGCGUUGACUGAGUCUGUUAGCAAUACCGGGCUUCAGAGAAUCGGGUUCUCUUCCUGGGCGGAGUUCUUGCUUCCUAAAACAGUCGAGGGUGUGAGAACUCUCUUUGACAUCGGCAGCUGCAACUUGCCAAAAGUGCCUAAAUUCAUUUGCGAAGACAUCCUGGAGGCCAUGUUUGAUCAUAGAAAGGAGAGAAGUGAACUUCUAGAGGCCUUAGUGAUAAGUGAUGAGAAAUUUUCCAUUCCUCAUUACCCACAGAAGAUAUAUCUGUUGUGGGGUGAAAAUGAUGUGAUUUUUGAUAUGGAAACUGCCCGGAACUUGAAAGAUUUAAAAUUGUGCAGGCAAGGGGGAGAGAAAGCAACCUUGAUGGCAAUACAGAAGGCUGGUCACCUGGUCAACCUAGAGCGGCCUUUCGUCUACAACAAGCACCUCAAGACUAUUCUUGCUUCUUUGACACUAGACAAAUGUCACAAUAACUAGAGGAGAAAUUCCAUUCCAUAUAUACAUGCAGGGCUUUCCAAGAAAUUUGUGUGAUUUAAAAGGAUGCUUAAUUACUUAUUUGUUAGAGAUUUGAGAAUGUAAUUCUAUGUAUAAAAACAUCUUGACAUUCAUAAUAUGCAUAAUUCAUAAUUAAAAGAUUUGAAUUGAUAAUGAAGAUCCAUUCUAUAUUAA